CUUAGAAGAAGACAGUUCCAACUUGUUUGAUACUUCAAGCCGUGAACAUGGCAGAGGUGGCUUCUGGGACAAUCGAUGUCCAUGUGCAAAUACCCGUCCAGUCCACGGGCACUGGCAAUGCUGAGAGUGAAGCUCAGUAUUCGGCACUUGCAGCAGUUAAAAAGGGUCUUCAUUCAGUGAAAGUUGCAAAGUACGAUGCCACAAAGUUGGAACGUGAAUUAGAGGGAGAGUUGUUUGAAAAAUGGCACGAAGGCUGUGAAGUUAUGAAAACAACCAAAAUACCCGAAAACAAGAUCGUUCCAUUUCUCGACCACCUCCAGAAUAGUUAUGAAGGUAUUACUCCAGAUAUCAGGAAAAAGAUGGAAGGAAUCCUUUUUUCGGAUGAGGCAUGGGAGUAUAAACUAAUAGAAUGGAAAUUCAACCAAGGUGCUGAUUCUUCAGCGCGAUACGGAAUGAUGGCGUUUGGAAGAUCCCCAGAUCUGAAGUACAUUGAUUGCAUGUAUGUCCUCUACAAAAUGGACUUCAAGAUAGCUCCAGAAGUAAUCGUUACUGAAAAAAAGCAUUCAGUGUUGUGGGGGCUGUUUUCAUGGACCACCGAGAAAAGAGAAUCCAAAGAACGAAGCCUGGGAUCAAAAUCAGUCAAGGCUUUGCAGAAUUUCUUCAGACUAAAAGCACUUGAAGGAUUCUACAAGGAGGGGUUAAUAGAAAGUAUCAACUAUGUUCCAAGCAUUGAGGAUGUCCCAAGCACAGAUUAAUGUUAGACAUCGAGAAACUUUUCUUUAAAUUACAUUU